AUGUCCAGAUACAAUCUUGAAUUUGCAAAGUGUUCGCCCGGCUAUCAUUGUUACGAGGGAGACAUAGAAGGGCUAUUGUUCCAUUUGAAAAGGGGGUGCGAUCCUCACGCCUUAUAUCCCUAUCAGAAGUCUAGUACGCUUUUACCUCUGAUUGCAGUCCAGGAGUUGCCCGUAUCGAAAAUAUGCGUGAUUCUGAACUUAUUGGAAGAAUAUGGCUUCAAUCUUCAUGAAAAAGAUCCUCACGAAAACCGUAGCGUAUUCCUCGAGUCAAGUUCUCGUUUAAUGAGACGGGGUAAGCAAUUCGCCGCUGACUUCCCAACUUUAAUCGACUGGUUCCUUGAGAAUAAGGAGUUCGACGUGAACGAAAAAGAUGGCGAUGGUUGGACCUCCUUACACUUCGUGACGGAAAUGAAACACAAGGAAUUUAUUAAGCCUAUUCUUGCAAAGUAUUUUCAAUGGGGUGCUAACGCUAGCUUAGAAGAUGACCGAUGUAACAAUCCCCUUGGAUAUCUUGUCCAAAAGCACGACUUGGAGUUUAUCCAAUCCUUGAUAGAGGCAUUUCCGGAACUUCAAGACCCUGAAGUAAUCAAAAGAGCAAUUCCAAGGACCAGAUAUAUAAGUACUAAAAGGUACUAUUUAUCUUCGUGG